AAACAAUAAACAAAUGUUGUGCGUUACCAGGGUGACCGGGGUAAACUACCAAGUGUGCUGUUAGGCUAGCUAAACUAUGCUCGAGUUAAACUACUGGCGUUUUAUUGUCCAUAAAUACAGCUAGUAAACUUCAACACGUUCCGUGAAGACACUGUUCACAGACCACCAGGAUGCCGGUUCCUUUGUCUGGGGUAGAGCUGCUCAGACUGUGUACAGUGCUCCAGGACUGUGCUGCACAGCUGUCAGUGCUGGGUCACAUCAUGCCCGACACCUACAGGGGUCGUCCAGAAGCUGAUAAGUUUGUGUCAGCUGACAUUGGACAGGUCCUUGAACAGCAGAAAGGGGCAGAGCAGAACCUGAAAGCAGCCCGUCAGUUUGAGAGAGAGUCUGGGAGACUGUCAGAUGCUACCCGUGAGCUGCACAGAUCCCAGAAGGAACUGAACCGCACACUAGAGGAGAACCCACUGUCCCCUGACAACCUGGCCAAGGUGCAGAGAGACCGUCAGUUUGUGGCUCACGUGAUUGCGGAUGUGUUGGCAGAGCUGCAAGAGAGAGGGACCUUUCACAGCUUGCUUUUCGCUGUGGGAGAAGAGAAAAGAAGGAAGGCCAACCUCCUGGACAUAAUAAUCAGGGAGGAGGGCGGCCGGCGGAGGACCAAAGCUCUUCAGAGACAGCUGCUUGACAUCCGCAAGGAAAAAACUCUGGAGCUGCAGCGACGCGAGGAGAUGACUGCCCACCUGAAAGACCAACUACAGGAGAUGAAGGCUAAGACUGGCCUGGAGAGGAAGUAUGUGAAGAGCAGCGCGGAGCUGCUGGUGUACCAGGGACAGAAGAUCAACACACACUCUGAGAAGCAGCUGGAGGAUGAGAUCAGGCUACAGCAGGAGAGGUUGGAGGAGGAGAGGAGAGUUCAUAUGGAGAUGGAGACUUUCCUCAAGGAACAUCAGACAAGUCUGGGGGAGAAGCUGGAGGUAUGGAUGGAGCGCUAUGAGAGAGACAUGGAGGACAAGCAGCAGGAGCUUAACAGCCUGAGAAACAACAAAGCUAACAAUCUCUCCCAGCUCCAGGAGCUGGCCAAGAAGUACAGAGACAGUGAGCAGGUGGUCAUCGAGGACAGGAUGGAGAAAGAGGCCCUACGCAGGAAGCUGGAGAAGGAACACAUGGAGCGAGACGCAGCCACCAAGAUCCAGUCGUGGUGGAGGGGAACGUUAGUGCGACGCGGCCUGGGCCCCUAUAAGAAAGGCAAGAAGCCCAAGGAGGGCAAGAAGGGAAAGAAGAAAAAGUGAGGUGUCCCUUCAAGAGCUCCAAAAAGUCUCAAUACAGACAUGUUACUUUUCAUCAAUGUUCAAUCCCUGAUUACAGACAAUCUAAGUCGACACUUGGCCUGUAGGCAAAUAUAUAUUCAAUGAGAAAGGCUUUCCCCCUUUAACAGAGUAAAGUUGGCGUGGUCAUUUUGAAUACUACUACCACCAUUGCAAGGUUCUUACUUAUAUGCAGUCUAACACAAGGGCAAGAAUGGUAAUAAACAAGCGUACUCAUGA